AGUGUGGUGACGUCUUGUUCAUGUUCGUUGCGUUGUCCAAUAUUUAUUUUUAUUUAUUAUAAAUUGUAAAGAGUACAGUGCUUUGGAACAGCGUAGUGUUAUUUUAUUUCAUUAAAGUUAAAGAAUUUUUAACAAUGAGUAUUAGCUUGUAAACGCUCAAAACUGCGUUUCUGCCGCACAUAAAAUAAAUCUAUUCGAAUUUCAAUCGAUUAAACGAGGGCUUUGGCGAAUUUUUAUUUUGCAACUGUAUCGUGCCGUUUUUAAAAAUAACUAAAUCAUAUGUCAGCUAGCAUGCCCAAGAUAUGGUACCGUUCGAGAAAGUACCAAGUGAUAAUUAUCGCACUCAUUAUAUUCUGUAUAUUUUAUUAUACAUCGCUCGGCGAUAAUCUGUAUAGGGAGCCUAAUUUGGACUUAACGAGACGGUGAGUACUGAGUAUGUGUGAGUUACACGCAUAUUGUGUCUCAGGGAAUGCGCUUAUGUAUGUGUUGAUGAUUUCGUAUGUGUUGGUAGUUAAUUAAUUAUGUUUUCCUGGUCGAUUAGACUACAUCGAAAGUUUUUAAUAAAAAAAGUAAAAUAAUCUGAAAAACGGUUGAACCUGCAGUCCAUUCCUGGAACUUCCCGCUUAUUUUUACACACACACGCGCGCGCGCGCGCACACGCAUACACGCACACACACAUACACAAACAUAGCCUAUAUAGGUCCUACUGAUGGCCACAGGUCUCUAAUAUGUGAGAGGAACAUAAAUGUUAAUUAAUCUUUUGGCGAUAUAGAUCAGUGGAAGUUUAUUAUGACCCUUGUACCAUCCGCAUCUAACUUCAAACAAAUUAGAAUGACUGCAUGUAUAUUAGUAUGGAUUUAAUCGUUAAAAGAAAUUUUUAGAGGUAUCUUUCUUCUAUCGUAUCAAGUUAGUAGUAUCAUGUUUUGAACACACAAUCUAACUAACAUAUAUAUUUUCCUGAAAAGUAGCAUAUAUUUUUCUGAUUUUGUUCAGUGGAUCAUAUACAUACUUUAAGGCAUUAUAAAACUUGCUUUAAGCUCCUGUAGCCCCCUUAAAAAUAUUUGCGUAAACAAGCACCACAAGUUUCCAGCGCUCAAUAUUUAUGCAGACGACUGUACUAAGUUAGAAAUUGAAAGGUAUAAUUAUCCACACAAACAGUGUCACCUUUGAAAAAACACGUUUGUGUUAAACACAGCCCAUUGUUUCAAAGGUGACACUCAAUUUGCAUCAUAGUAUUAUAACAAAAGCAGCUGACGUAACUUACAAGUCAGUAUCUGAAAUGACAUUAGGUCGGCAUUCAAAUUCGAGCCGUAUGAGUUGAUAACCGACUAUAAAGAAAAGUUGUUAAAGGUAUAAAAGUGCAGCCUCAGCCUAAGCGCAGGAUAGGGCCCCCCCUCCACAAGGCGUAGUGACAAACAGAUGAAACAAGUAUGGAGUUGGUGGACGCAGGCGGUUCAGGACCGUGCUUUGUGUGCUGUGUGCUUAGUUUAUGGGGUACGAUGAUGGUGAUAAUUGUUUUUUUUUAUAGAAUCAGGGUGACAAACGAGCACACAGUCCACCUGAUAGUAAGUGGAUGCUGUGGCUCAUAGACAUCUACAUUUAUCCUCAAUUAAGAAUCAAAAUCCACCCCUGUGGACUAAGAUGGAAUGCCUCGUUUCCAGCAAAAAGGGUCUCCGGUUCUCUAUACUCACCAUACGAAACAGCAGCAUUAAUCUGCUAUUUCACGCUGGUGUUCUGUGAGAGCGUGUAUCGAACCGAUUCAUUCGUGCUGCAACCACAAUACAGCUGCAGCAUAGCACUACCAUAUAAGAAGUAGUAGAAGUAGCAAAUCUUAAUUUAAGAUUAAUUCAUCCACCCAUUACAGCCUUUUAAGUCCACAGCUGGACAUAGGCCUCCUCCAUAGAAUGCCUCUUAUGUGGCAUAGUUUUGAUAGUUGUUAUUGGCAGGCAGGUUGCCAACCACAGUUCGUUUUAUUAUAUCACGAACAUGCUGCUGCCUUAUUCCUUCUUUUAAAUUCCCUUUCUUGCCUCUUAACGACACCCAAGGGUGAUUUGGGAUAGUGGACACACUCACGCCGUCCCUUCACCAAUUCGAUUUGAGUUCAAGAUUACUGUAAUUGAAAUAAUUGUACCGUGUAGUGGCUGUGGAAGUAUAUUCAUACGGGCCAGGCGACAGUGGGAAACAAACCAUGAGCCAGGAGAUAGGCAAUAACGUCUUCCCAAUAAGAACUGAAAGUUGCGGCUGCCAAGUGUUGUAACUAUAACAAACUAGCUGAUACCCGCUCGCUUCGCUGCGCGCACCAUAAUAGACGAUAAUAACCAUGAAGUAAUAACGUACAUAGAAAUUAUCAAGAAUUUUUGUUAUGGGACUAUUGUAAAGCCCGUUCUUAAUGAGCGUGUCUACAUUGCGAAACGAGUAACUAUUGUUAUCAGUGAUUGUUAAAUAAUUCCUAUUAUGAAUUACUUAUUUCUUACUUAUCUUCACGCACAAUCCCUGACGGGGUAGUCAGAGAGAACGGAUCGCCAAGUGUCACGAUCCUUACAUACCUCUUUCGCUUCUUUCAGAUUCAUUAUCUUCUUCAUACAUGCACGUCUAGGUAUCCGAGUACUCUUGACCUUCCCCUCUUUGAGCAAUUUGCUCACAUGGUCUUCGAAAGUUCGUCUCGGUCUACCUCGACACCUUUUAAUGUUUACUUUCGCGCUAUAUAUUUUCUUCACCAUUCGGUCUUCACUCAUUCGCUCAACGUGCCCAAACCAUCGAAGCACGCCCUUAUCAAUUUUUGUUUUAUAAUGAAUCAUUAAAAUAAUAAUUGUGUAAUUACAUAUCGUUUUGUUUUAUAUUAUUAUUUUUAAUUACAAAUAUAAAAUAGAUUAUAAGUCAAUGUAUUAACAUAAUAACAAUUAUCAUAGAUAAUUUUCGCCGUUUAUUCUUAAUUUAGAAUUUGAGAGAUUUGUAAAGAAUAUUAUAUAAGUAAUUUCAUUUAUGAAUGUGGCGAUACAAGUCAGCAGAUUGGGAUGAGAUGCGGCAUUUCUUUGCAUCUUAUCCUUGGCGGCAGGUCUUCUUCUCCUCUGGAGACCCAUCGAGCUGCGCGGAUGCCAUAACCAAUGUGAUACGUCAAGCGAUGGAGUAUUUCAUCCCCUUUGUUGACUUGCCCAUUGGUGGUAAAGCUCGCCCUUGGUUUAACGCCGAGUGCGCUCGUGCUGAAAAGCACAAGCAUAUGGCGUACUUAUCUUGGUUUGAUGCUCGAGACCGUAAAGCUCCGCAUGUUAGCCUUAAGAAGAGAGCCUUUAACCAAGCCGCCAAGUCGUGCAAAAAGGCAUUACGCCAAGCCAGUUUCGACCGCAUUAAACGCAUCGGCACAAAGCUCUCUGUC